AUGGCCUCUCUCUCUACUCGUUGCAACGAGGCGGCACACCUUAGCGAUUCUCUGACGCAUUGGAAGAUCGUACAAGACCUGUGGGACCCUGACACAAACCCCUCAGGUUUCGUCAACUUAGGGAUUGCAGAGAACUCUCUUAUGCACGAUACCUUAUCCCAUCAUAUCCACCAAAACAUCAGUCUCCCGAAGACAGCCUUCACAUACGGCGACGGUACCGUCGGAUCAGAACGUUUAAGAGAGGCCGUCGCACGCUUUCUUACCAAGCAUUUCAAGCCGGCUAGACCGCUCACACGAAGUCAUAUAUCUAUCACGAACGGAUGCAACUCGUCCAUCGAGCAGCUGUCAUGGGCAUGUGCCAACCCAGGCGAAGCAUUCCUCCUCGGUCAACCACAUUGGGGUACAUUCGUCCCCGACCUUUCCCUGAGAUUUGGAACUCGACUACUGCCCGUUCCCUUCCAUGACGUCGACCCACUCGGCGAUGGCUGCGUCCAGAAGUACGAAGAUGUUAUACUUGGGGCUUACAGUCGAGGUGAGAAGGUCGCAGGCCUUGUCAUCUGCAACCCGCAUAACCCUCUUGGUCGCUGCUAUUCUAGGGAGACCUUGGUCUGCCUCUUACAGCUUUGUGAGAAAUACCAGAUUCAUUUUAUAAGCGACGAGAUCUACGCCCUAUCUGUUUGGUCGAAUACCAUAGACGAUAACAUACCGCCGCCGAACCUUUUCGUUUCUGUUCUCUCUAUCGACCCGCAGGGCCUAAUCGAUCCCGCUCGAAUCCAUAUAGUAUGGGGUUUAUCAAAGGAUUUCGGCGCAAGCGGAUUGCGAGUUGGAUCCAUCGUUUCUCAGUCGAACGAAACACUCCACAAGGCCAUGACCCCUAGUGGUCUCUACACCUACGUAUCUGCGGCGUCUGAUCAUAUUGCAGCCAACAUCCUCGAAGAUAUGACCUUCACGGAUGAAUACAUUGCCGAGAAUCGGAAACGGCUUGGAAAGCAAUAUGAACAUGUCGUCCGUUGGACGAAGGCACAAGGCAUUUCUCAUGCCCCCGGCGUUAAUGCCGCAUUCUUUAUUUGGCUGGAUCUUGGUUCAUAUUACCGACGAUACCAUCCGGAAACUGAUAUUCAGGACCUCCCCGGAAAGGUGACGCAAGAGCUACUUGGAAAGAAAGUAUUUCUUGCAUCUGGGAAAGACUUCGGUGCAGAGAAGCCAGGGUGGUUCCGCAUCGUCUUUGCUCAUGAAGAUUAUUACUUGCAUGAAGGUUUAGGUAGAAUUGCCGCAGCACUUGGGGGUGCAUAG